UGGUGGCUGUGGAUAAAGGCAGGACUCAGGCUAAGCGGCCCACUCUCCCGGAACCUGAUCCUCUGCGCAGCCUGGGAAGCAGACAGACCCCACCAGGCCAGCGAUCGACAUGCAAGAGGUGGUCCUGAGCCUGCUCAUCAUUCUGGCAGGCCUGCCUGCCUUGGACGCCAACGACCCAGAAGAUAAAAACAGUCCUUUCUACUAUGACUGGUAUGGCCUCCGGGUCGGCGGGCUCAUCUUCGCAGGGAUUCUGUGUGCCAUGGGCAUCAUUGUCCUCAUGAGUGGGAAAUGCAAAUGCAAGUUCCGACAGAAGCCCAGCCACCGUUCAGGAGAUGCCCCACCUCUCAUCACUCCAGGCUCCGCCCAAAACUGUUGAGAAUGGAUCAGCAGAAAGAGCUCCAAGGACUACUCUUCCCCCAAGUUCUGGCUCUGCAAGGGAGCCUGAACUCCAGGAUGGAAUUCUCCACUCCCUCCUCAGACCGCCUGGCCAGGGCUCCAUCUCACCUCUCCCUGGAGGGGUCUUGGUUCAGUUUUUACUCUAAAAUGAUUUUGCCUCAUA